CAGCAGCCGGAUCCAAACCUUCUCCUGUCGUAAAGUUUACCUUUAUCCAUGUCAGAGUCACCGCCGCCGCCACCUCCCGAUUCCCCUUCUGUUCAUAAUGCACCAGCACCAGCACCAGCCGUUGGCUCUCCCGCUCACUUUCUCAAAGGCUGUGUAGGCAAGCGCGUCAUCGUUCGUCUGGUAUCUGGCAUCGACUAUCGAGGUAUUCUUUCUUGUUUGGACAGCUUCAUGAACAUAGCCAUGGAGCAGACGGAAGAGUAUGCGAAUGGACAUCGGACCAACUCUUACGGAGACGCAUUCAUCCGCGGAAACAAUGUACUAUGCGUAUCGUUAGAGGAACCAUUAUAGUGGUUAUUGGGGUUGAUCGCUCAAUCCAACUUCGGCAGUUUGACCGAAACGCCAAGUUCUGCUGCGAUCUCCUUGAUGCGGGCCUCCCAGUGUUUAACCUCUGCGAGAUUAGCCUCAAUGGCGGCUAUUUCUUUGUCCAUACUUAAAUUCUGCUCUGCUGUUCCCACUUGUUGUUCCGUCCAACUCCCACUAGCAUCUCCCUUCAGUGUCAGCAGACGCGAAUGAUACUUGAUUAAUGAGGGA